AUGCCUGGAGGUGGCGCCCCUGUUGAAUUCGCAGCGGUCCGAGCGGCUUGGCUCCGGGCGGUGCAAGAGGAGGAUGCCGAGGCUGCAGGCUGGUGCGCGCGGUGCUGCGAGGAGAGCCUUCGCGGAGCAGAGGCCUUCGCGGAGAGUGAUGGAUUGGAGGCUUUCAUCGCAGUGGCCAUGGGUGAGUCAAUGAAAUCUGACGCCUCGGGAGGCCGCGGUGGGUUGAUGGUGGCCUUAGCACAAGCUUUGACCAUGGAGAUGAGUGCCUUUAAGGUUGCUAUUUUCGAAACAUUGUGUGCCGCCGCACAAUGGCCCUCCUUAAAGGGGCGCAUUGCAGGCUCUGGAGUUUUAGGCGUGAUCACGGCCACUUUGCUUUCACCCAAACACCCGGUGGAUCGGAAGGCUUUAAUGACACGUUUGACUGGGCUUCUGGGGAGCGAUUCCCCUGAAGUGCUUGAAGCGCAACACGCGCAGCUCGACCGUUCGCAACAUGCCAAGCUUCGACGUGCCACAGAGUUCGCCAAGCUUCGACAGCAACUCAUUUCCUCCGGCGCAGUGAAGGCCAUUGUGGCCCUUUUGGACGGGGAUGCCGUUGGGGCUGCAGCUGCGGCGAAGACGAUAUCACAAUUGGCAGGGAUCGCUGGCGAUGAAGCAAUCAGAGUGGAACUAGCAGGUGCCGAGGCCAUCUCGGCAAUGUUGAAGCGACUAGAGCGCUUCAGAUUGUUGAAAGAGAAGAAUGAACUUAAUGAAGAUGAGAACGAGCAUGAAGAUCUUUUGGAGGAUGAAGAAGAUGUGGUGGGAACAAUUGUAUCCUCCCUUUCCGAUUUGGCCUUGGUUGAUGGCUGUGAGGAGCUUUUGGCUCCGGUCCACAACUCCUUAAACAGCCUCUGUGGAGCACUCCACGCGUGUAAUCAACGCAAGAUGAUUGGAGAAAUACUGCGCUGCUUGGAGACACUUGGAAGCAGAUAUAACUUGUGGCCUGAAAUGAGCAAGGAGUUGGCCGAGGACAUUUUCUGCCUGCUUCUGAUGCGAUCGUCAGCUGCUGUGUCUUUUCUUGAAACACUUCUUCGGCAUGCUGCGAAUACUGGGACAACGAAUUCUUUGUUGUCAGAAUUUGGGGAUGUAAGGCCUUUGCGUCGAGCAUUGCUAGAACUGGGUGAUGCAUCAGCUUCCACACGUGAUUUGAUAGCCACGAUCGACUCCCAUACCUGCGAACACUGUGGCAAGAGUCCGACAAGUCCUUUGAUGGUUUGCAGCAAGUGCCGACAAGUGAAAUAUUGUUCCCGGGAGUGCCAGCGAACCGACUGGAAGCGACACAAGCUAAACGGCUGUGCGUAG